AUGGUUCCGCGCACCGGGCUGGCAUCACCUCAUCACCUCCCGGAGUUUAAAGAAGCUGCCUGCCAGCACUCCGACGCCGGAGUGUUUUUUUGUUGGAUGCCCGAGUCCCGCGUUUCAGUUCUCCCAGCCGAUCACCUGACUCCCCAGCGAUCAGCGGGGGGGCAUCGGACCUUCUCCACCCCCGCCGAGACGGAGCUGGCCUGUCCGCCCUCCAACGCUGCCUCCUCGUUUAGGACCUCUUUCUGCCUGGAACCACAGACGCCUUCCCCGAAUCCUAUUCCGUCAUCGUCCCAGUAACCGCUGUUUCCCGAUCCCCUCGCCGAAGACCCCCCACAUCACGCUGUUCGUUGUGGAUGUACAAUAAAUAUCUUUAACUGACUUUCGUUCAAAUUCUGGUGUUCUGCAUGUGGGCAAGACACGUUAAC